GUCGGCGGAAUGGCCUCAGACCUCUCAUCGCUGCUAUCGGCGUCGAAGGCGCUCACAGCGCACCUCUCCAAGCCGGACCUGCCAUCCGUGAAGCUCUCGCUCGACCAAAUCGAGGCGCAGUCGCGGAGACUGGUAUCACGGCAGCCUGGGCCCAGUGACGAUGGGAAAGCAAAUUAUCUGCUCGCCCAAGCCCGCGUUGACGCGCCAGCAUUAGCCAGCGAGAUCGCGCACCUGAACACGGGUACCACUUUUACCCCCCUGAAAGCCCUGCAAGAUACAGACGUUGCGGGCUAUCUUCGCCAUGCCCACGAGCAAAACCUGAUUUCAACCAUCGAAGAGGCGCGGAAAGAGACCCAGGAGGAGUUUUAUCGCGUCCUCGAGGAUCGUGAGCAGCGGGAUUGGGAGGCGAAGAAGCGACGCGUGUUCGAAGAACUGGGCGGGCGGAUAGGUGGCGAGAACAAAGCUGUCACAGAGUUGAAGAAGAGCAUUAGCGGAAGGAAUCUGCUGUCGACGAGUGUGGGCCCGGCACCAAAUCUACAGAUGCAAAAUAAGAUGAUGGCAUAUGACCGUGUCGUGUCAAAGUUGAAUGCUUCGCGACUGCAGGGAACAUCAUUCCCCGUCAUACAUGGUCUCAUAGAGGCUUCUCUGGCGGUCAACCUCGACCCACGCACCAUGCAGAUGACUCAAAACUUCCACAUUGUUGCCAAAAUAACAGGCGAACCACCAGCUUUGCCACCUAUAGAACAUGCUGGAGCGCACAUACUGAAUGCGCCAAUAUUCGAGCGCAAACACGCCCGGGUGUAUUUGGGUGACCCAGAGUCGCGUGAUGCUGCCGAACUUCGGAGACAAAUUGCUCGGGGCGCGAGGGAAGCUCUCGAGGAGCAGUACUGGGACAUCAUAGAACGUACCGUCCAGGCGCGACCGAUGGAGGCGCGGCUUGGUGGGGACCCUAGCGUGGCGAACAAGGUCCGCGCCUUCGUGGCCGUCAGGCACUAUCGUCAGGGCGAGUGGGAAGACCGCAUCGAGAUCGUCGCUGGUCAACCAGUGUGGGCGAAAUUGUUCUACAUGGUGCGAACUGGGCACUUGCGAGAGGCCCUGGAUGAGGCGGUAAAAUACCAAGUCCAAAUCGACCAUCGCGAGCCGACAUUCCUGAGCCACUUCAGGACAUGGGUCGAAUCUACUGAUAGACGUCUGCCCAAGCCUCACCGAGAUCAGCUCCACUCCAUAUAUAAUGCCCACAUGCUCCAUUCGUCAACGACCGAUCCCUUCAAGCUUGCACUUUACAAGCUCAUGGGCAAAAUCGACCCAGGCCGUCGGAGUGUAGCUCAGGUAACAGUAACUAUCGAGGACUGGCUGUGGUUCCAGCUGUCUAUGGUAGACGAAGAUGAACACGGUGGCCUUCGCGCGCUCGCAGAGGUACUUCUUGGCUACGGCGAGCGUCAUUUCGAGGGUGGUGCAGGACAGAAAGGCACGAAGCAUGGUGUAUGGGCGGGUGUGCUGCUUAUGUGCGGUCAAUUCGAGCGGGCUGUUGCGGCACUCUGGGAACACCCGGAGACGGAGGUUGAGGCAGUGCACCUCGCCAUCGCUCUCGCCUACCAUGGUCUGCUUCGCGUACCAUCUCACGCGGAAACAUCAGACCUUACACCUCUCUCCUUACCCCCGGUUGGCCAGCCCGCCAUCAGCUUGUCGACACUCGUCUGGCGGUACAUCAGGCAGUUCGUCAAGAUGGACGCUAAAGAGGCUCUGCAAUAUGUCUACUGCGCUACUCUCUGCUCCGACCAGCCUAAUGGCGUCGGCAAGGAACAGGUCGAAAAUGCUUGGGAGCUCGUUCGGAGGAUCAUUGUUCUGGCGAACAGCGGAGCAGGAUGGGAAGAGCUCGUUGGUGGCUUCCGCCCGGAUGGAACUCGUUUCAGCGGUGUCAUCGAGCAAGGAGCUCCCCUUCUCAAGCUCAACAAUCUCGAUAACUACAACGAGCAAAUCCUCGUUCGUGCCGCGAAGCACUGUGAGGAGAACGACCGGACGCCAGAGGCAAUCAAGCUGUACAACCUCGCGGGCGACUGCACGACUGUCAUUGCGUGCCUCGCUCAAGCCCUCGGCAGCUCCAUCACCCAGCCGAGCGGCGACGAGAAGGCGCGGGCUAUCGAGCGCACUGCGGCGGACAUCCUUCGACACUAUGAGCGCACGAACCGGGCGGUGGGCAAGGACCGCGACGCGGUGAUCAAGCUCCUCCGGGUGCGCGAGGCGAUAGAGGCGAAGGAGAGCGGGCGGGCGGAGCUCGCGCUCGAGAUCAUGGAAGCGACCGAUCUGGUACCCAUGGACGGCGACGUUGGCAAGAUCACGCGCCGCGCCGAGGAGUUCAGGGAUCUCCCCGAGGCGAUCCAGAGGAACUUGCAGACGUUCCUCCCGCUCACGAUGGACGCGCUUGCGACGGUACACCAGAAGGUCAAGUCGUCGAUGGUCACUGAAUCGACCCGACAGAUGACAUUCGGAGCCCUCCGCAAAAAGUCGCGGUCUAUCAUGGUCUUCGCCGGUAUCCUCAAGUACCGCAUGUCCCCUGACGUAUACUCGUAUCUUGCUCGACUGGAUGUCGAGAUUGCGUUGUGAUGUCCACGUCUCAUGACCGCUAUUGCGU